AUGGAGCAGAUUCUAAGCGGCCCGACGUCGGCUGACGAGCUUAAUAAUGACCAGGGCAAUACACUAAACCUUCCACAGAAUGUUUUACCUUCAGAAGAUGUGCUUGAUCGACCAGAUUUCGAUGCACGUGCGUUCAUUAACCGCAAUUUCCCGGAUGAGCAAAGCUUAGAAAACAUCGGCGACUUUGUUAGCGGACUCCGUGGGCGCAUGAAGGAAUUGGAUGACUCGCUAUCACAGGCAUCACAGGAUCAGAGUCUAGCGGCCCAUCAGGCGCUUAUAGAUUUGAAAGAAGCGAAAAUGGCAACAAAGCAGCUUUUUCAAAAAAUCCAUGAUAUUCGAGAAAAAACGGAGCAGUCAGAGGUCAUGGUGCAAGAGAUUUGUCGCGAUAUCAAGCAGCUCGACUACGCCAAGCGUCACCUGCAGGCUACGCUCACGGCGCUAAAACGACUACACAUGCUGGUCAAUGCGGUGGACCAGCUGGAGUUCAUGUCCUCGCAGCGUAACUACCUUGAGGCUGCUUCUUUACUUGAAGCAGUUAACCAAUUGUUUACACAUUUUGACGGCUACACCAAUGUCAGCAAGAUCGUCGAGCUCCACAAAACAGUAUGCACGCUGCAGGAGGAGCUCGGGGAACAGAUAUUUGCUGACUUUCGAUCCAUUGGACCGAUGGAAUUAUUAGAAGAAAACUUCCCAUCCGAAGAAGAGCGGAAGGCUGUUUUUGCUAACCUCUCGGCGGCAUGUGCAGUCGUAGAUGCGUUGGGCAGGGCGACACGAGAAAAACUUAUCCAUUUGUUUUGCGAUGAGCAGUUGAUGUCGUAUGAAAGACAAUACGGCGAGGGAGGCGAGUGCGCUGGCUUGCAGCAGGCUGAGGCACGAUAUACGUGGUUUUACAAUCUCCUUGCUGCUAUUGAUGAUCGCUUAAACGCUGUGUUUCCGAAGCAUUGGCGAAUAGCCAGGCGAAUUUGCAUUCGUUUUUGCGAGCGCACGCGGACACAUUUACUCGUUCAAAUAGGAGCGCACACUCCGGACGAAAUGAACGUGACGUUAUUGCUUAAAUCACUUCAGCGGACACUCAUGUUCGAGCGUGACGCAGCCCAGAGAUUCGAAGGAGUAGGAGCAGGUGAAGAACAACUGGAACAAACGGAGCUGGACAAGAAUGGCGAGGUCAUUGAUCCUCAUUCUGCGGAAGGUAUAAAGAAAAAAUAUUGCCGAAAAAAGCGUGUAGCUGAUUGUAAGGCACUAGAAGAAGAGAUUAAGAGAAACGGCGAGGUGUCUGGUAACAACAGUCAACAUCUACCGACAAUCCGAGGAUUGAUAUCCCAUUCAUUCGACCCUUUCAUGACGGCGUAUGUUGCACUGGAACGGAAGAACAUGGAACAGAUGAUCAACGAGGUUAUGAACACAGAACUGGUGGAUCGCAAUGGCCAGCUGCCCGUAUUUUCGAGCUCGGUAAACAUGUUUGCCUACAUCCGCAAUUCUAUUAAGCGGUGUACGGCAUUAACGAACGGCCAAACCUUUUUCGAUCUCCAGAACGAGUUCAAAUAUUGCUGUAAGCUUUAUUCGCAACGGCUUCUCGACAAACUUCCUGGUGCCGCGACUGGGUCAACUGGUGGUCUUGAUUCCGCGAGCAGUGGUGCAAACAACAAGGUGAUACUUGGCGACAAGCAGGAAGAAGAGCUUUGUUUUGUAAUUAAUACGGCUGAGUACUGCGCUGAGACACUUCCCUCUUUGGAGGAAGUGAUUCGUGCCACGAUAGAUAAGGCAUUCAGCGAAGCUAUUGAGCUAUCACAAGAAAUCGACACAUUUCAUGAUGUGGGUGCUGCCGCAAUGAAGUGCAUUGUGACUGGAUUGGAAACGUCGUUGGACGAUGAAUUAACUACACUUUACAAAGCAAAUUGGCAGGCGUGGGAAACGGUGGGCGACGAGAGUCUGUACGUGACGCAAUUGGGUGAGAAGCUGCGGGCGUUUGUGCCGGUGUUGCGCCAAAUGCUGUCAGGACUGUAUUUCACAAACUUUUGCGACAAAUUCGCCGCCUCGUUCGUGCCCAAGAUCUUGCAGGCAGUGAUGAAGUGCCGAAAGGUGAAUCAGGUGGCGACUCAGCAGCUGCUUUUAGACGUGUACGCGCUCAAGACGCUCUUCCUCCAGUUACCAGUGCUAAACAAGAACGCGUCCUCAUCCCCGUUGACGAGCACGAUGACAAUAUCCUCACGCUACACGAAGUUUGUUAUGAACGAAAUUGCAAAGGUGGAAAGUGUACUGAAGCUGAUUGGCACGCCGAACGAAAUGCUGGUCGAAAGUUUCAAGAUCAUGUGGCCCGAUGGUACGGCGGAAGAUUUGCAAAGCAUUAUGAGCAUGAAAGGGCUCAAGAAGAGUGAGCAGACGGGGUACUUAGAGACGCUGGGCAUGCAACGCAAACCCGCGGGAAAGAUCGCCGAAAUGGAAGGCAAGAUGAGCGACAUGACGGAAAAUUGGAGGAAAAAUAUGCAGAACCUGGCCAAGGUGCCGUUUGCCUUUACGGCAGGCAUGAACACCAACGCGCAACACCAGAGCUAG